UAUGCACCUUGCAGGCUUACAAGUAUUUGCAGUUUCUGAGAAGAAACUCUGGAUCAUUUACUGUAGAAUUUAUACCUGAAUCUUGUAUGAACUGGAGCUAUCUUGAGCCACAGACUGAUGAUCACUCUGCCAUUGCUUUCUGCAGCAGCAUGAGUAGUCAGUGUGUUGGUGAUUCUACCUAUUUACCCCUCCUUAGUUAGGCAGCCACAUUGGCUUAAACUGGUGUGUUUUGUACAAAAGUAUGUUCUGUUUUUCAAAAAUCAUCAGUUGGACGUUGAUGGAUCUAGCCCUUAUUUAAUUCUGAUGAGUUUCAAUCUCAGUAGGUGAGUUGAUUAAGAGACUAAGCACUGUUUUAUAGGAGAACUCAAAAGCAACACUGAUCAACAAAACACAGGUAAUUUCCUUCCUGUUAGAUGAGUUUUGUUGGACCACAAGGCAUCCUCUUCCCACUGUGCCUAUUCUUUGUGGAAUAUGAGAGUGAAUAUUGAGGGGAACAGUGCUUUGGUGAAUUGGUCCAGAAGCAUCAGUAGUUACAGACAUUAUUCUUUUUGUAGCAGGUUAAUUUUGCAAAUUAGUCUAUUCCAGAAAAGAAUGUUAUUUUUUUUCCCUUUCUUGAGCUUGAUUCUUUUAUGUAGCAGACCCCAAUGGUUGCUAUCCAUGGCCUCUUAACUUCUCCACAUCCAGAAAGCUGUGCUUUCGAUGGGGACUCGUCUUCUGCAUCUUGUGUCCAUCUCACCACCCACUUCCAGAGAGUUAUAAGAAUUACUGCAGGGAAGUGAGACUUUUUCUUUCUUUAAGUUCUGAAUCAGACUUUUAUGGAAGCCCUAAAAUCUAUAAAGUACCUAGGGUAAUAAUUUUAACAGUGCUGCUGAAGUAAGUUGUGCGCAUUAACCAGUUGUGCCUCAGUGUUACUUUUCUUCAGCCUUCUGUAGGUUUUUCCACUGUUUCUACUUCCUAAGUUUGAGAGUACAGAGUCUAUGGUGAAACAUCAUCUAGAACAUUAGCACUCUGAAAAACAACGCUAAAUAAUGUAAAUGUGGAAUACAUAAGCUCCCCAAAGACAAUCUAUCUGAUUGUAGCGAGAGUUUUCUACCAUUUAAAAUGCUUUUUAUUUAAGGUAGUUCUCUGAGGAAAUUUUGGAUGAAGGCAUGGAUAGACUGUCUUAAGGUCAUGACUGCUGUGAUGUAAAGCCUCUGGGUAGUCUGUGAUUCAUUAUUCUUGUGUCCUGGUUUCCUUAGGGAUAUUACCUCAGAAAGGCUCCCUUAGGGUUGUGUUUCCUUAGGCAGCCGUGACAUGGGCCAGGGUAGACCAGCUGGUGGCCUGUGUGAUGAUUCUGUUGGUAUUUACCUUUGCUUGGGGAAGCGCUGCCACCAAGUUCACAUACAAGCAGGGAAGGCAACUGGAGACGUGCCUUCUUCUGCCUGUGGGUCUGUUAUAACUCUGAAUUGCCAUUUCUUCCCUUUGACCUGUAAAAGGAUUUCAAAACAGGUGUCUGGGACUUCUAUAUCUGAAAGACAUUAGACUUCCCUGAGGCAUCCCCCCCACGACAAGUUUGGUAUCUCUUCUUAUGAAGGACAGAGUACAUCUAUAGAUAACCAAGACUGGGUCCAUUAAACAUGCAGCACAUCAGUGAAGAUAUGAAACUUGACUCCUAGAGGAACUGGCUUAACUUUUACUCUUUCAAAGAGCGUGUAAGAGUGUUAAAAAAAAUCUUCUAAUUAGGCUAACAAUUCUCUUAUGCAGUCAGAAGCUGCAGAAACCUGUUGCUUUGGGUCAUGAUUGUCAUUCAUAGUAAAAACAGAAAGUUCUGGAUGCAGAACUUCAGAAGUGCCUUUGACAACUUCUGUUGAAAACUCUUGGAGGACUGUCACACGUAUCUGAUGGCAGUGAGCAAGUCAGUCAUGAACAAAGUUUUUCAGGAUGUUUAACUUCUUUUUGUCCCUGAAAUUUAGAAGUCCGUGCCAUAUUUGCAGCAAAUCGGUAACAGAACUGACCUUUGUCCACAGAAGAAGUCUAUACUAUCAGGUGAGGUCCUAAGAAAGAAGGCUGAAUUUUGUGCCUAGCAAAGUAUCAGGCACAUUGUUACAAGUAUAAUACUGCGCACCUGUACAUGUUGAAGCCUUCUAGUUCAUAUCUUACUUUUUAAAGCAUGUAUUGUUCCUAAAGCUAUGACUCCUAGCUGAGGCUGCUACCUCCCAGGUUAGCCCACCACCACCAGUGCUCGUAAAAGGGCAUGGCCAGAGAGAGAGAGAGGAAAGAGACAACAGAGACAUCCCUGUGACUGUAGCUGAUUGUUUCUCGCUAGGGUAUUUAUAAGCUGCAUACAGCAGGCAGGGGUGGGUAGGUGGCUCAUCAUGACCUUGUGAGCUGGGGAGCCUGACUAGCAUUCCUGGGAAUCACGUGAGCCAGACUGGCAGGCGCAGCUGUAGCCAAUGCGAAGGAGACCAGCACUGGCUGCUCAGAUUGAGUUUCACUCCUGCUGCUUGAGAUUUUUCUCUUUCUCUCUCUGUUGUGCUUUUCCUCUUUGUUUAUGGGACUGGAUGGGCAAAUACACUGGUGGAAUCCUAGCAAGCAAGAUGUCUGCCUAGUGGACUUGGAAUUCUACCUUCAAUGCUGAGCAACCACUUCUUGCCAUUGCUUACUACAACUCCAGCCCACCGACGUGGCUGGCCUUCUACGGCUCCAAGCUGCCCUCUAUUAGAGUGCUUUAUGUUGUGUUCUUUUCUAUGCACUUAUUUUUUUUCUGUCCUUAGAGGUUAGUGUAUGAGGCUUUUUAAUGCAUGGGAGAUGGGUCAGGACCAGACAAAGCAACAAAUAGAGAAAGGACUCCAUCUUUACCAGUCUAAUCAGACUGAAAAGGCUCUGCGAGUCUGGACGAGGGUUUUGGAGAAGUCUGCGGAUCCUGCUGGCAGGUUUCGGGUUUUGGGUUGUCUCAUCACUGCUCAUGCAGAGAUGGGCAGAUACAAAGAUAUGCUGAAGUUUGCAGUGGUACAGAUUGACACAGCACGGGAGCUGGAAGACCCGGAUUACCUUACAGAGAGCUACCUAAACCUGGCUCGCAGCAAUGAGAAACUCUGUGAAUUCCAGAAAACAAUCUCUUACUGUAAGACGUGCAUGAACAUGCAGGGUACCACUGUGAGCCUGAAGCUGAAUGGCCAGGUGAGCCUCAGCAUGGGCAAUGCCUUCUUGGGCCUCAGCAUCUUCCAGAAGGCUUUGGAGUGCUUUGAGAAAGCUUUACGCUACGCACACAACAACGAUGACAAGAUGUUGGAGUGUCGAGUCUGCUGCAGCCUCGGGAACUUCUACACCCAAAUAAAGGACUACGAGAAAGCCUUGUUCUUCCCAUGUAAAGCAGCUGAACUGGUGAAUGAUUAUGGAAAGGGCUGGAGCUUGAAGUACCGUGCAAUGAGCCAAUAUCACAUGGCAGUGGCCUAUCGGAAGCUGGGGCGCUUGGCAGAUGCUAUGGACUGCUGUGAGGAGUCCAUGAAGAUUGCCCUGCAGCAUGGUGACCGGCCUCUGCAAGCACUGUGUCUGCUGUGCUUUGCAGAUAUCCACCGCAGUCGCAAAGACAUUCAGACAGCCUUUCCUCGGUACGAUUCCUCCAUGAGCAUCAUGACAGAGAUUGGAAACCGCCUGGGCCUGGUCCAGGUGCUGCUAGGAAUGACUAAGUGCUGGAUGAUGCAGAAGGAGCUGGACAAGGCACUAGAGGAAAGUCUGCCCUGGUGGUCAGGGGCCUUAUGCCCCAAAUAUGGCCUCAAAUGUCACAGCCCUGGAUACUCACCCAGGCCUGUUUCUCAACUUGCAAGUCACAGCUUCCAUUUCUCAUGCUACUCAUCCCAAUAUCAGGCUCUAGAAAGCAUUGAAAAGGCACAGGAGCUGGCAGAGGGACUAGGGAACAAGCUUGGCCUGCUGAAACUCCACUGCCUGUGUGAAAGGAUCUAUCGCACAAAGGGGCAGCAGCGAGAAUUGCGUGACCAUGUAGUGAAGUUCCAUGAAUGUGUGGAGGAGAUGGAGCUGUACUGUGGCAUGUGUGGAGAGUCCAUUGGGGAGAAGAACAACCAGCUCCAGGCACUGCCCUGCUCCCACUUCUUCCACUUCAAGUGCCUCCAGACCAACGGGACCCGCGGCUGCCCCAACUGCCGCCGCUCCUCGGUGAAGCCCGGCUACGUCUGACAGCCCGCGGGGGGUGCUCGGCCCUUCGGGACGCGCCUGGCGGCGGCGGGGACGGGGUGGGAAGCGGCUUCGCCUCAUCCCGGCUCGCUUCUCUGUACCGGGAUUGACUGCAAUAAACGGCACCGACGGGAAGGAGUCCCCGCU